CAGUGACAACCGAGAAAGGGGGACUACGGACAGUGUGUCGCCGCAAGUCCGUGUUUCGUGCGUGUAUCUAGUACAGGUGAAAUUUUACCGAAAAAUAAGAUAAUAAGCUUCAAUUAAUUGAAACCUGACAGCAAAAAGUGGACAUUUUUAAUAUCCGAUUAAAAUUCGACCGUGUUUUUCUUCUUUGAGUCGUUUUUGUGGUUUCUGGAGAGUUUGUAAGUGCUGAUUGCAGAUAAAAAAAGGGACUAUCAAAACAGGACAAGUGAUUCAAUCAAUUCGUCUUUAUUGCCAGAGCUGAAUUCAGAUUACAACAAAAACAAAACGUAGGUAAUUGACCUGAAAGUAACUACAACCACUACAAUUACCAUUUUAAAGAAAAUUUUUAUUUAUGACUCAAAUUGAACUGGGUGAACUGGCCUUGUCUUUUCUUCACAAAUGGUGACCUAUCAAAUUGGAAACAAACUGAGCAUUCAAUAAUACGCAGUAAAUAGCGCUGGACCGCUAAUGCUGUAACCGUAAACAGCAGUUUCGUUUUGAUAUCAUCCUAUAUACGAAGCUGACUCUAGAUGUGUUGGAUCAGUAUACUAUCAUCGACCGCAGCGACCAAAACAAAAGUGUUGGUAUCAAAGAUUUGGUGGUGUCCUUAAUAUGACUUAAAAUGGUGGAAAAGUACAUUUUAGUGAUGGAUAUGUGCAAAUUCGUGAUCCUAUUAGUGUUAUACUUUUCGUCUUGUUCGUGUUACCCCUUAAACGCAAAACCCUUAAACGAAAGAGCACCGGAUCUCACCUGGGAAGCCUGGUUGUUGGUCGACGACCAAAACCAAAACAAACAACUCUCAGACGGAGUGCUACGCAGAAGAAUAACUCCUAAAUCGGUUUUUAUAGCACCAACUUUUAGCCCGGAGUCAUUACCGGCUUGUGCAGAAGGUUAUAGUUCGGAUCAUUUGGGUAGGUGUAUAAAAAUUAUUAAACUGGACCAAGCUGCUCAGUACGAGUUUCUUAUAGCAAAGUUGAAGGAGAAAUUUACCCCGGUGGAUUAUGAUGACGACUAUUACGACGAGGACCUUCCUACCCCUGGACCUUUUCAAGUGAAUAUCCCUCUCGAUACGCAAAGUGAUCAGGGCGAUGACACUAUUGAAGAAUCCGACGUCGCCAUUAUAGUAUCUCCUACAAAACCUCAGUAUACUAUCCAAAAAGGUAACGUAGGCAAAAGAGAUGGCGAUACAGCAGACACAGCAGAUCAGAAUCUCCAAGAAGAGCAGCUUAAGCAUCUUGCCGAAACCACCACUACCACUAUAUUACCCCCAACUGAAAAGUUAACGACUUAUUUAACUCAAACUACUGACGGGCUAACAGAGACAACUGAACCCAUUACUAGUACAACAACAAUUAGUACUACAAUUGCAGACACUACUUGGAACACAGAUUGGACAACAGAAACUAAGAUGACAACCUCGUCACCAAAACCUGUGGACUCAGUGGACUCUGUAUCUGAAGCUAAUAAAGUGCGGUUUCCUGACGAUGCAGAACUAAAGACUCAUGUGCGAUUUCCUAGUGCUCCCGGUGCGGAAGCCACCCAAAUUCCCCCUUCUGUAAACAUUGAUCCUCGAUCUCUAGACACCCGUCAGUCUGAUGAACCUAUCGUUGAUUUCGAUUUAAUAAACUUCCGAGAACCACAGCCCCAAGAGAACAAUUCGAAUAGAAGAAAUCGAGAAAAAAACAACGGGUUGUUUUUUCUACCACCAAGAUGGACUGACAGCACAUACCAGAGACCAGUGGUCCUAAGGUUCUCCAGAAAACACGCUUAUUUGGACAUGGAACAGUUCAAAAAGCCAAACUACUACAGGUCUAUUCCUACUGAUGAUUUCGCUUACCUGUUCAAAUUCAAACAUAAACAGUCAGAUCAGAGGUGAUCAUUCAUGUAAUUACUUUUUUGUAAUGUAUAGGUAUUUAUCUUGUGUAUAGAUUAGAAUAUUUUACUGUAUCAGUACCUUAUAUUUCGAUGUUUAUUAAUCUAGGUCCACAUUUACCCAUCUUUUUUCCGGAUGAAACAUUUUUUUUUAUUAACUUUCAUACAUAGACAAAUAUGUAUGGGUUGCCUAUCAAAAUCUUGUCAUAACUAUCCUUAAGGAGGCGUGGGUUUGAAAUCAACAUUUCAAGCACAUGUUUGUGAAUAUAUUUUUUGAAAGUGUAGAAUUAUUUUAUUUUUGAAUUAAAUAAGCAUAUUUGGUACAAUUCAUACAAUAUUCAAAAAGAAAAAAAUCGAGGAAAAAUAUUGAAAAGUUAGCCAACAAUGGCAAAUUUUUAAAGACAUCUAAGAAAACAAUGGAUUUUGCGGUGUAGAUCAGAACCCAUCAUUGGAUUAUGCUAAAGAAAAAAUUCAAAAAGAUUUUAUCAGCUUAUGAGUUUCUCGAGGUAAUGCUGUCGAGAUUUUUUAGUUUUAUCGAUUUUUGACUUUUUGGUAUCACUCAGAAGUCUCAGAAGGUUAGUUUUCACUUUUUUUACAAAAAAAGUCGUUGUUUUGACUUCUGAGUGAUACCAAAAAGUCAAAAAUCGUUUUAACUAAAAAAACUCCAAAUCUCAAAAAACUCAUAAGCUAAUAAAAUCUUUUUGAAUUUUUUGUUUAACAUCAUUCAAUGAUGAGUUCUGAUGUCCACCUCAAAAUCCAUUGUUUUUUGAGGUGCCUUUAAAAAUUUGCCAGCGUUGGCUUAUUUUUCAAUCUGUUUCCCUAAUUUUUUAAAUUUUUUUAUGAAUUGUGUUUGUUUAAUUUAAAAAUAAAAAACUUCUACCAUAGAUACUUUAGAAAAAAUUCACAAAAAUGUGCUUGGAAUGUUGAUUUUAAACCCUACGCCCGCUCUUAAGGAUAGCUAUGACAAGAUUUUUAUAGGAAACCCAUGCAAGACAUAUUUAUCUAUGUAUGAAAUUUAAUAAAAAAAGUUUUAUCCGGAAAACAGAUGGGUGAAAGUCGACCUUGAUUUAGAUCCCGUACUAUUAGGGUGGUUUUAUGUAAAACUGUAGAAGUGAGAAAGCUUUAAAUCGAAUAUUUGCCUCUAAGGUUCUAUUGAGAAAUUAUUUAAAAACUAUUUGCUUCUAUAUUUGUAAUUUUGUAAAUUUUUAGAAAAAUAGUACCAAUUAUAUUGUUUUUAUUGAUGAAAUUAGCUGUAUUUGUAAAUAAAUAUUUGUAAUUUAUAAAAUAAAUAUUAAUCAAAUUUUAUCAAAAAUGUGCUCUUAUAGGCAUUUCAAAUCGUCUGACUUUUUGUUCUGAUAAUAAUAAUUGUUAGUAAACGUAUAAAGUAUUCCUUAUCCUUAUACUUUUCUAUAGCUCUUCUUCAACCAUUUUUUAUCCGCUCCUGAAUGUAGGUCUCUCCAAUUGCUCCCAAUAUUUCUCUAUCUUCAUCGUCAUCAUCAUUGGCGCUACAACUCUUCGUGAGUCUUUGCCGCGUUUACUAUUGCCUUCCAUGUUUGUCGGUCGUGUGACACUAAUUCCCAUUGUCUUACUCCCAUUUUCUCCAAAUUCUCUUUGACUGCAUCUUUCCACCUUUUUCUAGGCCGUCCUAUAGACCUUCUUCCAUCUGGCCUUUCCGAGAACAAAUUGUUUAUAAGCCGAUUGUCGUAUCUGCGUAUCACAUGCCCUGCCCAUCUGAGUCUAUUAGCCUUUAUAUAUCUGACUAGAUUUUCUUUUCCGAAUAGAGACUCUAGCUCGUUAUUGUAUCUGCGCCUCCAUUCGUUUGUCACGCUGUCUCUGCAGUGGCCAUAUAUCAUUCGAAGGAUUUUACGUUCCCGCACCAGCAAUUUAUUUACUUCUCUUUUUGUUAGCGUCCAUGUUUCGCUUCCAUACGCGACUGCUGGUCGUAUUAUGGUCUUAUAUAUCUGGAUUUUUGCACCUCGUGAAAGAAGUUUUGACUUCAUUAGAUGUUUCAUUGCAAAGAAAGAUCUGUUUCCUGCCAUUAUUCGCGUUUCAACUUCCCGCUCUAAUUUGUUGUCAUUUGUGAUUGUUGCUCCUAGAUAUUUAAAUUCUUUAACCACUUCGAAGUUAUGAUCGUUUAUAUGUAUGUAGUAAUAUUUUGCCUUAUUCGCCGUCGUUCUUGUUUUGAGACGACCAUGUAUUUUGUUUUGUCUUCGUUUAUUUUUAGACCGAUGUUUAAUGCAGCUUCCUCAAAGCUCGAGAAAAUAUCCUUAAUUUGUAAUGUUGAUUGUGCGAUUGUGUUGAUUGUGAAAUUUUUUUCUUGCAAUAAAAUUACAACUUCGUGACAGCUUGACAGACAAACGCCCCAUUACCAUAAUGCACCAAGCUCCAAAUUUGUCCGACUCCACCCAAAUAACAAGUACAAAAAGUUUCGACGGUGUGGUCAUAAAUAAUAAUUUUAUAUGUGGACCCAAGGACUAUAUGUGCUGGUAUUUUUUUAUUUUUUUAAUUUCAGCAACCAAUAGGGAACUUGCAUAAAAUUUUAAAUUCGAAAAAAAUGUUAUAAAUCACAACAGAACAUAAUUUAAAACAUGUAUCAAAUAUUAAAAAGUUUUGUUUGGCUUUCGUUUGGCCCCUAAAGAUGAUUAAAAAUUCAAAUUAAAACAGGUGGCCCAAAGCGCGUCGUGACGUCAUUCGUUUAAAUUAUGUUUACAUUCUUCCAAAAAAGUAAACAGAAUUUAAAAUUAGACAUUAUAAACGUCAGUAGAAAAUACAGUUAUGUAACCUCACAGGUGUUUUUGAUCGUUUGAACUAUUUUAAAUGUCAUAUAAUAGUGUCAGUGUCAAAACGAAUGCCAAACCUAAUAGGGAACUUGCACAUUUUUUUAUUGCAUAAUAAUAUUCAGUUUCCUUUAAAAAUUAGAUUUCCAAAAAUUUCACGCAUUAAAACCUCAUAAUAACAAGUACAAAUUUAAAAUCUAUAUAUUUUUUUUUUGUUUUCUGGCCUUGGUUUAGAGAACCUUUAGUCAAUUUAAAAUAGUUCAAACGAUCAAAACACUUGUGAGGUUACAUAACUGUAUUUUCUACUGACGUUUAUAAUGUCUAAUUUUAAAUUCUGUUUACUUUUUUGGCAGAAUGUAAACAUAAUUUAAACGAAUGACGUCACGACGCGUUUUGGGCCACCUGUUUUAAUUUGAAUUUUUAAUCAUCUUUAGGGGCCAAACGAAAGCCAAACAAAACUUUUUAAUCUUUGAUACAUGUUUAAAAUUAUGUUCUGUUGUGAUUUAUAACAUUUUUUUCGAAUUUAAAAUUUUAUGCAAGUUCCCUAUUGAACUAGUAACGUAUGGAAGAUUUUAACGCUUUCUUGCGAUCUGCGACCACCAUGUAUACUAAAUGUUUUGUAUCGUUAACUGAUCGUGUAAAGUAGGAGUUUAAUUGAGUUCAAUUUGAUUUUCCGUUAAUUUAAUCAACUCACCAAGUCCGAAGAAGUGAGCCAAUACAAUGUUUAUUUUUAUACGUUUAUUAAGGCAUGUAUCCACUAUGUUCGCGCCCCUCAUGCGCUCCGCGCUCCUGCAACUGUUCCACAUGGUACGUUUACGCUCCCGGACCAUGAAAUAGUGCGCGCGCCACCGCAGCGCUCCAAUUUUCUUCUUCUUAGACCGUCCGCACAUGGGUCGAUCAAAGACACGUCUCGAAGUUCGCGCGUCUUGCUCGUCUUGUACGAACCCUGCGUCACAAGCGAUUGCCCUCCGCACACUAGUCGAUUCUGUUUUUAUAAAUUAACACAUUUUUUAUAUAGUAACCAAAACGACUAUUUCGAUCUCUGAAGAGUACGGUAUUAUUACAUUUUUAUACAGUUGCAUUAUACAGUUGAGGAUAUUUUUCUACUUCCUCAACGAAUUUUAUAAUAAACAUCUAGAAACAGAAGUUCAAUGUUUUCAGAAUUUUACAUUACAGACAAUAUAUAUCCACAAAGCUAAUAGUACUACAAUCAACGAAUAUAACAUUCACCGAUCUUUAAAAAGACUAAAAUUUAAUUUAGGGCAAAAAUCAACAAAAACGAACCAAACAAAUAAAGUAAUGACUGUAAACGUGCGUCUCACUCGAACUUUCUCGUUCGCUUCAGAUCGCACGGAACGAGAGUCAUACAAAACGAGAAGAUUUUGCAAUUCUAAACGCCUCGUGUACGGAGCCCAAUGCCACAACGAAGGAACUUGAGUGGCAGGGAGAGAUCUACGCGAUUUGAAUCGAGUCGAGUGCUUCGAGCGUCGCUCCAUGUGCGGACGGCCUUAAGGUUUCAUCUUCUAUAUCGAAGGUUGGAUAUCAACAUGGCAAUUCUUAUUUUACUUACAGCAGCUCUAAAUAGUUGGAUAGAGCUCAGACUAAACCAUUCCCUUAGAUUUCGUAACCAGGAUGUUCGCCUUCUUCGUACAUUUCUUUUAUAUUUUAUUUUACUCUCUACAAUCAGACGCAGCAGACUAUAACGAAGACCUCUUACUGUAUGACCCAAAAUAUUCAUGCUUCGGCCUCUUAAUUGUAUGUAUUAUUUCUUCCCUCAUAUUAACCCUACCCAUAAUUUUGUAGUUAUGUAAAAAAUUAAGGCCACGGAAAUGAACUAUUGGAGACGAUGUUGCCGGUUCACUACACUUGAUAGGGUGAGAAACGAAGAUAUUAGGAGAGAAAUGGAAAUCGAUCUAGAUAUAAUAGACACAAUCGAAGCCAAAAGACUCAACUGCUAUGGACACCUUCAGAGAAUGCCUGAAAGUAGAUGGUCAAAAAAAAUAGAAAAAUGAACUCUACCCACAAGAAAAAAACGAGGUAGACCAAGACGAUCCUGGAGAAGAUGUCGAAGAUGCAAUGACCGCCAGAGAUCUAAAAACUGAAGAUUGCUUCGACAGAAAACGCUGGAAAUUAGUAUGCGAGAAGCAGCGUCAGCUGUAGAAGACUGGCUUAUUAUAUAUUACAUGAUUUUGUCUACCCAUGAUAUUCAUAACAUUCUUCGAUAACACCAACGCUCACAAGCUUCCAAUUUCUAAUUGUUUUAAUGUCCAGGCAUCAGAUCCUUAGAACAAAGUUGUAAAAACCUAGCAGCCCAACAAACUUAUCCUUAGAUAAAUUCUUAGGUCUCUACUUUAUAUAUAAUACCAAUCGGUGGCGGUUUAUAUAUAGAGGAGCGCAUGCAGUAUCCACUGGAGCAGUUGCAGGGAGCGCGGAACGCAAGAGGUUCGCGAACAUAGAGGAUACAUGCCUUUACAGCUCUUUCAUUUUUUAUUUUCACUGUGAUAGGAAUAUUUAGAAAAUUUCACCUUCAUUCUUAGGGUACUUGCCAUAAAAUGGAGGGCUUUUAAAAACUUUUAAUUUAGAACAACACGUACCAUUUUAAAUUAGUCUAAUUUUUACUUUGAUUGCAUGCAUUUUUGAGUCAACCAAGCGUCAGAUUUUAGUAGGAAACAGAAGGGUCUAAAUUCAUCUUAUUUGAAGCCUUGCUUUUGCAACUAAAUUAAAUGCGUUAGAUACAUUUGUAAUGGAUGAGUUGCAUUUUACAGAUCCAUAGUAAAGUGCUUUUUAACCCAAUAAAAGUUAUGCACAGAAAUUAUUUGAACGAGUCAAUACGCAUUUUGACAUACUGAUAUAAUUAAAUUGUAAUAUUAAUAAAUGUUUUAAUUUUUGUGAUUCAAAAUCGCAGAGUUUAUCAAAUCUAUCCUUGUGCAAAUCCCAGAGUUUAUCAAAUCUAUCCUUGUGCUUCCAGAUAUUGUUUUGAUGUACUUUGAUCUCCAUUCUUCAGAGCUUCUUUUGGGCAUUCCUCAUUUUUUUUAAUAUUCCGCUUUCGUCUAUUCCUUAUAAAUGUGCUUACUACCAUAGCUCAUUCUUCUAUAAUGUUGUGUAAGCUUUCUUAAGUAAAAUCAGAGAACUAAUAUCAAUAAUACUCUCAUAUUUCAUCAUGAAAGAAAAAUAUGUUUUAACUCUUUUAUUCAAUUAUCUUGAACGAUUGUUUUUGUAAUCUCAAAGAACAAAUAAUUACAUUGAAAAUAUUUUAAUUUUCAUAUGAAGACUUUUUAUCGUUACGUCCAAAGUUAAAUGGAAAUUUUUAUGUUACUAGUUCGUAGUAAUUAGGGGCAAAUAAAGUGAGAGGCGAUAUUAAGGAAAUUAAAUUUUAUAUAAAUGUUGCGUUUAUUGCAAGUUUAGAAUUAGUCCAAUUCAACUUUAGCCUUAAUAUGCGUAAAUCAAGAAGAGAGAGUAUGACAACAAUGACAAAAGAUUUUCUCAUCGCUACAGUAUAUAGAGGUUCCACAGUAAAAUCACUCUUCUGUCGGCGCUUUGAUCUCAGGAAGUAAUACCGGCAGUACGCAAUUGGUAAUUCACCAGUGGUGGAUGUGGGUUUUCCCUGUUAUUAGCCGUACGUUUCUAUGCGAAUAGCAAUGCGAGAGUGGGGCAAAAGCGACUGGCAACAUUGCGCGGUCGCCAUGCGCGACUACAGAUUUUACUUCCAAUUUUUCGGAGAGUGGUUCUACUGUCCCUCUUUAUACUGUGUCAUCGCUGAAAAAAGAGCGUCUUGCUAUCCCAAUCCACCAAAAAUAUCUGCGCAACAAAAGGUCAGUGACAAAUUGGAUUGGAGCAGGCAUAUUGCAAACAUUCGUGAUUUGGGCCCACGUUCAUACCGGUUAGAGCUGUACAAUAAGGGGAUUACUUCGUUAAGAUUCCAGUGAACUUUCAAUGAAGAUGGUACCAUCAGAAGAAUUAGAUUAAAAUUUCGAGGCGAUUUAACGACUUUGUCAGGAACGUUCGAAAACUUCUUUAUCUGUAUUUUUCCUUUUCUUCUUGUCGUUUUUCCAUUGCGGUAAUCAUAUCUCGAAUUUCCUCCAUUUUGGACUCGCUUCUUGUUUUGACCACAAAAAUUGAUUUCAUUUCAUUUCAUUCUCAUCACACUUCUGACACCAACUGUUACGUUUUUCUGUUGACUCAGCUAUUAAGUGAACCAAAUAUAGUUUAACUCAUGCAACUACAGAAACUCACUAAAUAAGAAAUACAUAAUUAAUAAUUAUCGUAUAUCACUUUACAAAAUAAACACUUUACUAAUCGCAUAAUAACUAAACUUUAAAGGCCGCUGCAACAAUUUAAAUAACAAAAAAGAAGUUCUGGUGCGGGAGCACGCCAAAUAUAAUUAUAUUUUAGUGACGUCACGUUGCCUAGCAAUCGUCGAUUCUCCCAUUAUGAAAUUCUAUUUUGUGACGUCAGCAAAAUAGAAUUCUAUUUGGCGUGCUCUGGGCCCUGUUCUAGAAGUAGCUGGCAGGUGACUAUAUGUGCAAUAACACCAAAUUCCAGUAAAAUACCGAUAAAGAAGUUCUCUAACGUUGCUUACAAAGUGGUUAAUUUUGCUUCUAGAAUUACUCUUACACCAGGAUCGCAAUGGGGCGUUGGUAAUUUGUUGUGAGAAUAAUAUCAACACUUCAGUGACCUACUACAAAUCUAAAUAUCAAAUUUUGUACGACGCCAAAUAAGUCAAAAAUAUAUAAAUGAAAAUAUAUUUGUAUCAAUAAAAAUGAGUUAGUGCUUACUGAAUUGUAUACUACUGUGGUAGAUAAAACUUUGUACAUUACAUUUUCUGUCAGUAUUAUAAUAUAUCAUACAUCACCUUUUUAUUUAUCACCAUAGUAUUUAGAAUUUGAAACGAAUGUUAAACUUUUAGAUAUAAUCAAAUUUUAUAACCAAAAUAAUUAUGUAUUUGAAUGUACAAAUUGUAAAGUAUGUAUUAUUGUAUUAAGUAUGUAAGUAUUAUUUAUUAUAGACGUAUACAAAAUAGCUAUUGUGUUUUGAUGUAAUUUGUGCCAGUACAAUUGUCGAAUUUGUCUAAAACGUCACAAUAAACUUUUAAAACCA